GAUGAAGUCACGUUCUUGUGGCGUAGCGUGGUGUCCCUUUUGUAUGAGUGUCGUGCGUUUGAUAUCACUUGUCGAGAAAAGGAAUAACGAUCACGAGGUUUACUUAUCGUCAUGGAUAAGGCAACGACGGAGUUGCUUCAGCCGGAGGAUCGAAAUUUGGCGCGACUUGCCCGGAUACCGAGUUCGUCAUUUUCGAUCGAGAGUCUUAUCGCGACGGAAAAGCGCCAACGUAGCAUGUCCCCGAUCGUUCCGGAUAGAGUUCGGAUGCCGCCGGAUUCUUCCGCCGCCAGCCAUCAACAAUAUCUGAUAAAUAGUUACAAUGCGGCCAUGCUGUCCUUUACCAAUUUUCCAAUCUACAAUCCCUGGGUGGGUUAUCUGUCCCAAACGGCUAACGAAAAGCUCUCACAGCUGUUCUCCGCCGGAAUAAACCCCAGUGAUAAACGUGCCCCGAAACUUGUUGACCACUCGCAACAACAUCCCCAAAGUGUGCCCUCAAGUGAUCAAAAUCAAGCUCAACAGGUCCACGACAGGACCAGUAGUAGUGAUCCGAGAAGUGAUAAUAAACCACCGAAUGACCCAACCAAAGUGUACCCUAACUUUCCUUUCCCGGUAGGAUCGUCCAAUCCACCCGGGCUUCAGGACAUAGCCGUUCAAUAUUUUUCAAACGCAAGCAGAAGGCCUCCCUUUUACCCGGGAAAUCCUUCCGAAAUGGCGGAUACUCCUAACGGGAGUGCUCCUAGUGAUAGUGUGGUGCAUUCAAAUCCAGGUUCCAAUGGCAGUAGAAUCUACCUGCGGAACUUUCACAGUGACUUAGCGGCAAACAACAGUCGAACCACGAUCCCGGAUGCCAUUCAGGAUACGGAUUCGAGGCAUUCAUCUCUUUUAAACAUUGAUGAUCAUGAUGGUGGUAAUGCCGAUGAGGAGGACGAUGAUAGUGAUUUGCGGAAUUUUCGGUUGCAUCAUCCGGCUGCUGUCGGUGUCGGCAGUGCAGAUCCUGGAAUGGAGAGCUACGACGAUGGGUCCUACAGUGACGAUAUCAGUUUGUCGAUGUCGCCGAAUGGAUGUGGUAAAGGGGAUCUGGACGAAUCGGAUUCGGAAAUCGGUUCCGAGGAGGACGGUGACUCCCCGCACAACUCGAAAGCAUCCGGCGGUGCCGGUGGUGGUGGUCCCGACGGUUGCUCUAAAUCCCGCCGAAGAAGAACGGCCUUCACCUCAGAACAGCUUCUAGAGCUGGAACGAGAAUUCCACGCCAAAAAGUAUCUUAGCCUUACGGAACGCAGCCAGAUAGCGACCACCUUGAAGCUGAGUGAAGUUCAGGUAAAAAUAUGGUUCCAGAACCGGCGAGCCAAGUGGAAGCGGGUGAAAGCUGGUCUUAAUUCCCACGGACUGACCAAUCGGGGAGCGGCCGGCGGAAGUGGGACCGGAGCUGGAGGCGGUGGUACCAAAAUUGUAGUUCCUAUUCCGGUGCACGUGAAUCGAUUUGCCAUCCGAUCGCAGCACCAACAGAUGGAGAAGAUGAAUCUCGUUGGGCCAAAGGCGGAACUCCGGAAAGAUCUCGGCAUGGAACCGAGCAGUUUCGAGCGGUUCAGCCAACUGGCAAAACUGGGACCAAAACCGACGGCCGGCGGAUUCUAAUCUGGCUUGGAGCCGCUGAUUAGGGCAGUUUCGACGACAAAUUGCGCAUCAACAGAGCGGUUAAAAAACAGAAAGCAAUUUUCUCAUUAGCGGGUAAAAAUCAUGUUAGGCAGAGAUAUAGGGUAUAGAGAUAAUUUAUUCUCCCAUCAUCAUGAUGGGGACAACAAGUCAAUAAAAUGUAAGUGUAAGCACCGGAAUCCCAGCAGAUGGACGACGAGGGUCCGACGAGAGCGUAGUACUUUAAAUUGAACUUAAUUUCAAUCGUUCCGAAAACAUAAUUGAGCGAUUACGAUUCGUUUAGUUUAGAACGCAUGAUGAUGUGUACAGUUCGAUGUCAAGUGUAUAGUAAAAUUUUCCAAAUAAGAACCGGUUCAGAUAUCAGUGAGGGGAGAAAUUUCGAAUUCUUACAAGCAGUUGUACGAAUUCAACAAUAAGUUUUAAAGAAGUUAUGUAUAAUAUUGCAAAAAAUGAUGAUCGAUUCG